CCUUCUCUGCAAAGUGACUGUACCCUGCCCCAUGCGUGCGGCCCUCCUCCGCAGGGAGGGGCAAGUAGGGGUGGAGGCAGAAUGCAAGAGGCAGGGAUAUAUACACAGAGGUAAAGAGAGGAAGAGGACAGUGCGAAUUUAGCUUUGCGCCCAGUCUAUUAGACUUUUAACGCGGAAGUUAAAAGGAAUAGGGAGAAAAGAGGCGUGUGACAUCUCCACAUAGUUUGCUGCUCUCCACUCCAAGGAUUGCCACUUCUUCCUCCCAGCAGAGAUUCAGCUUGAAGCUUAACACUCAGCCAGAAUGAGUAACUACAGUGUGUCUCUGGUUGGCCCAGCUCCCUGGGGUUUCAGGCUGCAAGGAGGCAAAGACUUCAACAUGCCUCUAACGAUCUCCCGGCUAAGUGAUGGAGGGAAAGCUUCUCAGGCACACAUUGGCAUUGGUGAUGUGGUUCUUACAAUAGACGGUAUAAGCACAGAUGGGAUGACUCACUUAGAGGCACAAAACAAGAUUAAGGCAUGCACUGGUUCACUAAAUUUGACCCUACAAAGAGCUUCAGCUGCGCCAAAAGCCAAUCCAAAUCCUCCACAAACUGAAACACCUAAGGAAAUUAUUAAGCCUGUGCCAAUAGCAUCUCCCACACCUGUUGCACCCAAAGUCUCCAAUGUGGCAUACAAUAAAGCACCUAAGCCAUUUGGAUCUGCAACUUCUUCCAAGCCUGCUUCGAUCCCAUCCGCGUCUUCUGCCUUUACCCCAGCCUCUGCAUCCCUCUCAAUACAGUCUUCUCCACAACCAUCCGCUUUAUCCCUGCUGGCUCAGGUUGGCCCACCUCCCAAUUCUGCACCUGGAUUGCAUGCUAAUUCCAAAACUACCAUUGAGGGGCAUUUGCCAGCUUUGAGUGCUACUAAACCUGCAGUUAAUGUCCCACGGCAGCCUGCCAGCUACAGCCAAACAGCCAACCUGUAUGAUAAUGAGGUUGCCCAAGAUGGGGCUGAAGUGAGAAGAGGACAGAAAGAAAACCAGGGUGACAAACAUCAAAAUGGGAAAAUUCCUCCCAAGCGUCCUCCUCGAAAGCACAUUGUGGAUACCUACACAGAUAUCUACCACACAUCAGCCUACAGUGAUGCCAGCAAGAAACGUUUGAUUGAUAAUACCGAAGAUUGGCAUCCCCGCACUGGCACCACUCAGUCUCGUUCCUUCCGUAUCCUGGCUCAGAUGACUGGCACUGAACACAUGAGUGAACCAGAGCCUGAAAAUGUGCAAAAGACCAAGGAAAGUAAUAUUUGCAAUGGUGAUAUCAGCACCUCUGCAGAGUCUCCUAAUGGAAGAGAAGAUCGGAAACUUUCUCAGAAUGCUGAAGCCUGUUCAGUAGCAACUCAGACUGAUGUACCUGUAGAAGAUGUGACAUUGAUAUUGGAUCUUUCCGAGAGGCCAGAACCUGCACUGCUGGAAAGAGAGGAGACAUAUUUUGUGUCUUCAUGUAGAACAUCCCCAGAAAAGUCAGCUGUUCAGACCAGCCCUUCUCAGUCUCCCCAUAGGAGAAAGUCAUUAUUUGACAAUCCUUUGGAAUCCUUACCAAAAGCUGCACCUUUCCCUCCUGCUACUGUUCAGAUACUUAAAGUCAAUAGUCAAGUAGCUACAAUCGCCAAAACAGCAUCUGUUUACAUGAGGUCAUCUAUGGUAAUACCAGACUCUCUACUGGAGAAUAGUAGUUCGGCAGCAACUGUAAUUAAUGGAACUGGAACAAAGAUAAACGCCAAAGAAAAAUGCAGUAUUGCCACUCAGACGUGUGACAAAGUUUUGAUACCAGCAUCAUCGCCUUGUGCUGUGGAAUACAUAGCCAGCGUCAUUCCUUCAACCCCACAAGUGCCCCCCAGGCAAUAUAUAGCAGCAAAUCCCCUGGAUACACUGCCAAAAUGUGCUCCUUGCCCUCCUCCAGUGCUUGCUCCUCUUACCAUACAAACCUGUAAGAGCAAAGUCAGUGCAGUGGCGGCUGUGACUGCUAUUGUGGGUGCCCAGGCCAGACUUUCCGAUCCCUUUGUCUCUCGCUCUCUCUUGGAUGCUCUUCUCAUAUCCCCAAUACCAAAGUCAUCUUUUCCAACUUCUAAACCAACAAGAAAAUCCACUGGUGGAUUGUACACAGGGCACAAUCACAGCAACGUGUCAGUGGAAGUUCCACCAGCUACUGCAACAUCAUCAAAAAUUAUGCCAAGUUCAUAUAAAUCCCCACCGUCCAGCAAACCUGUCACCAGCAAGCCAACAGGAUGGCAAACAGUUCCUUCAAGUGGACAGGUCACCAACAAUGCAUCAAAUGCUGUGAAACCUGUUGCCAAUAACAAGUCCGUCCCCCCACCUUGGAUAGAGGACCAGGACACGCUGGUACAGAGAGCUGAGCAUAUACCAGCAGGAACCCGUACCCCAAUGUGUGCCAUCUGCAAUAAAGUUAUAAGGGGGCCCUUCCUAUUGGCUUUGGGGAAAUCAUGGCACCCAGAAGAAUUCAAUUGUGCCCACUGCAAAUCAAGCAUGGCAGAGAUGGGGUUUGUUGAAGAGAAGGGUGGCCUGUACUGCGAGAUUUGUUAUGAGAAGUUAUUUGCACCUGAAUGUGCCCGCUGUCAGAGGAAGAUACUUGGUGAAGUCAUCAAUGCCCUAAAACAGACUUGGCAUGUUUCCUGCUUUGUGUGUGUCGCCUGUCAAACUCCUAUUCGGAAUAGUGUCUUUCAUUUAGAAGAUGGGGAACCCUACUGCGAAACAGAUUAUUAUUCCUUAUUCGGUACGAUUUGCCAUGGAUGUGAAUUCCCCAUUGAAGCUGGAGACAGGUUCUUGGAAGCUCUUGGACACACCUGGCAUAACACCUGUUUUGUAUGCACAAUAUGCUGUGAAAAUCUGGAAGGGCAGACCUUUUUCUCCAAGAAGGAUAAACUUCUGUGCAAGAAGCAUGCCCAUUCUGUGAAUUUUUGAACCUGGGUUCCUGAUUCCAGCACCAAGAAAUAAGAAAAAGUUAAAGCGUUAUUGGACGAGUAUUGAGUUUUGUGGGUUUUAUUCCAUGAUUUUCAUGCCUGAAUAGAUGAUAAAAAAUAUAACAUUUUUACAGAAAGUUUAAAAAAUCAGAUGCUGCUACGAUGUACUAAAAAGAUUUUGGAUAAUAUAGAGGUUUUUCUUUUUAAUAAUAAGUUGUCACUUCUGUUUGCAUCUAUGUAUGGAAUGGAAAACACAAUAGUGAUCAGAAGAAUGAUCACAAUACGUUAAUGCACCAGUUGUAAAGCCAUUAUGCAAACUAAUUAUUUAUUCCUAAUGAGCCUCUACUUUUCUAUGUUUUUAGUAGGAGUGGGACUAGCAGCAACAAUUUUAUUUUAAAGAUUGGUAUACAGGUUGUAACUGCUUGAUACGUCUUCCAUAUUUCUUAUCUUUUUAUGUGAAUUACAUUCUGUGUGGCAUUACCCUUCAUGCAUUUGGGUAAUUGUAAAAUAGAAGGGGUUAUACAGGAGCACAGCCAAACUUGGCCUUGUUCUGUAACCCAUAGCAACCAAUUAAUAGUCAGAUUCUAUUUUUCUAGAAUAUUGAAGGCAAAUAUAUGAUUAGUUGCUAAUGGUUACUGUCCUAAGGUACAUUUUGCCAGUGUUUCUGCAUAACAUUGCAAGUGUUUAAUAUACACAUCUAAUAAUUUUCACAUUUAGAUAUGCACAUUUAGAGCCAUGAAAGAAUGAUUUGUAUAAGUAAGAGAGGGGCAAACUCCUGCAGCAGCAAUAUCAGUUGGAAAAAUAAUACCCAUAGUACCAUUGUUUUGGACACGUAUCAUAAUACACAUAUAUUGUAAUCUAUUGUUUUUAAUUGAACACCUUUUCAAAAUCCUAGUUAAUCAAGUGGCUUCAGUAUUUACCUACCUACCUUUUCUUACCAUAUAUACCUUUGUUUCUAUAAAGUACCACAUUCAGGACACUGGGUAUAGAGAUAGUCAGCUGUCUAGGUGGCUUCUGUUUAUUAGUUGGUGGUUUCUAAAUAUUCAGUGUUUUAAGUUAUUUGUUUUACAUGGAGUAGACACAUGAAACAACACAGAAAUCAGUGCAUAUCAUGCCAUAUUUUUUAUUAAAGUCUUUUUUUUUAACCGCUAUAGUUAAAACUAGUAAUGAGAGUAAUGAGUUGGGGGAUCACCUACUGAGAAGCAUAGUGCUAUAGGGCAAAAAGUAGAGUCGCUAAAAAAUGUAUUUCCUGUGGAUACAAGUAAAAUACUCCGUUUAUUAAAGGGGUCUUUCCUUAGAACUGACUCUUGAUUCUGUUCCUAGCUCUCCAAAGAAGGAAUUCCUGAAAUGCAGAGGCAAAGGUAUUCUUUAGUUAGAAUCGUCCCUACUUACACUAUGUCAUUCAUCCCAUUGUUAUUGAACUUAUUGCAGAAAGUGCAAUUUCUACUUGGCAAUAUCACAUUGCAAUCAUCUAGGUGAAGCAACACUGCUAUGGAAAGUAUAGCAACCUUUCAAACGUAUGUGUGUGAAUGACAUACUGUUCUUUCCUGUGGUUUAAAUAUAUUAUGCAGAGGCUGUUAGGGCGAAGAUACACAGAGCGAUUAGUUGGCGCGACUUGUUUAAAACAUGAUCGCGGAGGCUAAUCGUGGAGUUUUACCGCCAUAGGUUAACAUGCGCGUUGUGACAACUAAUCAUGUGCUGUUUGCACUGGCCCGUUUAGUCGCAGCAACUUUUUAAAAUUAAGCACCCCAUGUGUCUUCGCCCUUAAGCCACUUUUUGCUUUUUGUCCUGGUAACACUUGGGGAAGAGAAAAUGCACAGGAUAUGCUAUAACUUUUACUGCCAUCUUUAUUUCUUGGGGUCUGCUUUAUACUGAUAGUUUUUAGAAACUGCACUAUUUUUUCUGUCAGAUGUAAGAUGCUUGUUUUUUACCUAAUGAAUGAGGAUUUCUGUUUAUAGAGGGCCCACUGUAUAUCACCUAAAAAUAACCAAUUUAACAUAGUAAAUGUAAACAUAUAUGCAUAAUUUUCCCAUCUGGCUGUGUAAGUGAGUUUCAGUAACCGCUCCCUGACUGUUAGAUACUUCCCAUAAUAUGCAGUGAAUGAACUGAUUACUGCAGUUUAUAUGUUAUUGUAUUAAGUUCCCCUUGUCAUGUUAAAGCCAUGUCAAAAUAACCCAUAAUAAUAUGUUAAUUCUUAUAAAAUCAUAAAAAAUCAUACAGGCCCAACCAGGUGUAUUUAUAAUGAGUUAACUGCUUUAUUCCUCAUGACGUAAAACUUAACUGCUUUUAGCCGAGAAACAAAAUCACCUUCACUAUUCCUAUUUAAAGUUAUUCACUGUAUGCACAGUUGCAUGAUUACUGUAUUUAUAGUGUGUUCUUUAAACAAGUACACACUGUUUGGGGACAGAAUAACAGAAUCAUGUUUCUUGUAAUUUGUUGUUAUAAAUAUGAUGUGUUUCAUAAGCAGAAAACACAUGUAGCAGGUGACGCCUUUCAGAGCACAUUGAUAUCAGUAAGAGAGGCAUAUAGCCCUCACAAAACAACAUGUAUGCAAGAGUUGGUUGUACUGCAGUUUUGCAUAGGAUGCUUUUGAGAAAACCUGUUAUGGUUUUGAUUUGAAAGUGUCUUAUGCAGUACAAAGACAGGCAGUUGAGUAAGGUAUUGGAAGGACAUCAUACACAUCAGACAAACUGGUUCGCUUUUUAGCCAUCUAGAAAAGUGGUGUCCAUUGAAGUAUGAAUUCAGUAUGUCCUAUGUUGGAGCUUCAAAAGCUGUGUUACUGAUCUCAGUUGCUGACCAUUGGGAUCUGUGAGCCAUGUUGACCUUAAACAGUCUGUUAGCUGGGAUUUCAUCGGGAUUUUGUCUGUUGCUAAAUCCCAUUGUUUGUGUACAACUCUCAUUUUGUCAGCAGCUUCCUUCUCGCUGGAGUAAGCUUCAUAAUACAUGGUGUAAGUAUGCAGUAUGGUAUACAGUAUAGAGUAGAUUUAGCCCAAUUAUCUCUCAGUGUAUGUUUGAAAGCCAUGUACGACAAUCAGCUAGACUGCUUUAAAAAUUCAUGGAAAUUUUUAGUUUUUAUUUAAUGGCCAGAAAGAAGAAGUUGGAUCUAUCCAGAUGUUUUACCAUUAAGGCCUCUGUAGCCAUAGAUGUUCAGCUACUCUGUCCACUUUAGUCAGCCUUCUGAGGCCAAAAUGGGCACAUAUAGCAGGAACAUAUUUUUUGAAUAGUUGCUGCUCAAUUCCCACUUCAUAACAAAUUGAAGCUUAGUUUUCUUUAAUGUCACUGAUGUAGCAAAGUGUAUCCUAAAAAGAGAGGUUACUGAAUAUCAUCCCAAGCAACUUGGCUCAGGUACAAUAAGUAGGUUACUAUAUCUUUCACUACUGCACAGUGACUUCUAAGUGAGUAUUUAGGGGAAGGAUACUGAAAUAAAAUUUGUUAUAAUUUCUCAGGAUGCACCGAUUUCUAACAUUUAAUAAUGGAUUUUGCAGCCAAAAAUAUCUGUUGUAUAGGUUGUACAAAAUCUGCAAGACACUAAGGCUGGUGCAUUUUCUCAAGUACUACAGGUUUUGCUGCAAAACAUAGCUCAGUGCUGUUUUGCAUUAGUUUAGAUUCAUUCCGGUGCCUGGUUUUGGUACUUUUUUUGUUUUCAUUCUGGGUUAGGGGUUGGUGCAAGGCUGUGACAGGCUGGGGUGCUGAUGUAAACUGUAUAAUCCAGCAUGUUUGGCCCUUGCUCCUCCUCUAGUUCAGCCUACAGAGACACCACACUGUAAGCCUGGCCUGCGGAGGCUAGAGCCUUCAUUAAAAGCCUGUAACAAGUCUUGUAUUACUUGUGAAUGCCCCAGUGCCAUUGUAAUAAUAAUAACUUGCAGCUUUUGCGCAAUUUGCAGAAACUAUUAUGCUAUAUCCUGGUAUUUCUUCUACUAGAUACAAAUAUUUAGGUUUAAAAUUGCAUUGGGUAAUUAAGGGAAACAAAGCAAUAAACGAGACCUGUAUUUGGCCUGUAUAUGUUGUAUUUUCUGGGUGGUUUAUAGUAACUUUUAAAUUCUAGGUUUGACUAUUGAAUUUACAUUUAUGUCUUGUAUGACACUGAAUAUUUAUUGUUCUGUUUUGGUUUGAAUGAACUUUGUUAAAGAUGGUUUUA